AUGCAGUAUAACAACUGGGAUAAAGUUGAUCCAGCUGAGUUGUUCAGUAAAGCUCCGACUGAGAAGACAAACCCCAAACUAAAUAUGGUCAAAUUCCUUCAGGUUGAAGCAAAAGGUUGUGACUAUGUCGUCCUGUGGUUGGACUGUGACAAAGAAGGAGAGAACAUUUGUUUUGAGGUGUUGGAUGCCAUCCAGCCUGUGAUGAAUAAGUCUUACGGUAAUGAGUGUACAAUCUAUCGGGCUAAGUUUAGCUCCAUCACAGACACAGAUAUCUGUAACGCCAUGACCCGACUCGGAGAACCCAACAAGAACGAGGCUUUGUCUGUAGAUGCACGUCAGGAACUGGACCUCAGGAUCGGCUGUGCUUUCACACGUUUCCAGACCAAAUACUUCCAAGGGAAAUAUGGGAGUUUGGACUCCUCCUUGAUCUCGUUCGGUCCCUGUCAGACUCCCACACUGGGAUUCUGUGUGGAACGGCAUGACAAGAUCCAGUCCUUCAAACCUGAAGCCUACUGGGUUGUACAGGCAAAGGUCAGUUCUGGCAAGGACAGGCCACUCACCUUGGAUUGGGACCGAGUGCGAGUUUUUGACCGAGAUGUUGGUCAAAUGUUUGUUAACAUGGCAAAGACUGCUAAGGAGGCUAAAGUCGACUCGGUGACUAAGAAAGAGAAGGCCAAGCAGAGACCUAUCGCAUUGAAUACAGUGGAGAUGUUAAGAGUGGCCAGCUCUGCUUUGGGAAUGAGUCCCCAGCACACUAUGCAGAUAGCAGAGCAUCUCUACACACAGGGUUUCAUCAGCUACCCUCGCACAGAGACCACACAUUACCCUGAAAACUUUGACCUGAAGGGCACACUCAAACAACAGGCCAACAGCUGCUUAUGGGGUGAAAUGGUAAAAGCUCUGCUUUCUGAGGGCAUUAACAGGCCAAGGAAGGGAGUGGAUGCAGGAGACCAUCCGCCAAUCACACCCAUGAGAGCUGCCUCUGAGAACGAGCUGGGUACGACUGCCAAACCCAGUCGCCUGCACUGCUCUCACUGUGACGAGACCUACAGUUUGCCUCAGAAUGGAGCCAUUAAGCUGUACAAAGAGCUCAAGUGUCCUCUGGAUGAGUUUGAGCUGGUGCUGUGGACCUCGGGAUCUCGUGGCAAAAGCUACCCUGUGUGUCCAUACUGCUUCAGCAACCCUCCCUUCAGAGACAUGAAGAAAGGGAUGGGCUGUAAUGAGUGCACCCACCCUUCCUGUCAGCACUCCCUCAACUCUCUUGGCAUUAGUCAGUGCGUUGAAUGUGAGACGGGCGUCCUGGUCUUCGAUCCCACCUCGGGUCAAAAGUGGCGGAUGGCUUGCAACAAAUGCAACGUUGUGGUGCAUUUCUUCGAGCAGGCCCAUAAAGUGCAGGUGUCCCAGGACAGCUGUGAUUCCUGCGAAGCCUCCCUGGUCAUAGUGGACUUCAACAAGACACGCUCUCCGUUGCCUGAAGGUGAAACGCAGCACACUGGCUGUGUGUUUUGCGAUCCUGCGUUCCAGGAUCUGGUGGAGCUGAAACAUGCGACCAUGCGGCAUCCCAUGCUCCGGGCCGGAGGAGCCCGCAGAGGGAAGGGAAGAGGGAGGAGGCCCAUGGGGAAUCCUAAAAAGCCUAAAGAUAAAAUGGCAGCCUUGGCAGCAUAUUUUGUGUAGAAUGUUUUGUAAAGAUUAUUUGUCUUGCGGUAGAAAAUCAAAGCCAGCUUAAUAAGUCUUAAAGUGCAAACUAAAAAGAGAAAAUGGCAAUAAAGUUUUAGA